AUGGAAACACAUAUACCCACUGAUUUAACACAUAUAAGUCAAGGCAUAAACCAGGAGGAAAUCAACACCAAAUCAAGACUUUAUAAAAAAAAACUUCCCAAAGAUGUCAUAUCAUCAGAGAAUCAACCAGCUAAAACAAGAGAAAAGGAAACAUUGAAAUACAAAACAUUUAGAACACAUUCUGUACCAUUGAAAUCAGAGACAACAGAAGAUUACCUUCAAGAAAGUGUAAUUCAGCAAGAUGUACCUGCUUCAGAACCAUUUCCUCAGAAGAAGAAGAAAGAGAAAUCCAAGGGGAAAAAGGAGCAAACUCAGGCUUGUCACAAAGUCAGGGCGACCAGGGUUGUGUCGUUUGACAGAAUGGAACCAAAAGGUGAUGAUGUGAUAAAACAUAUUAUUAGACUACGAGAAAAGCUUGGUUGGCAAACAGUAUUACCACAGCAAGAUGUCAAAUACAAAAGUUCCAAGGUUGUAGUUCGGGAGACUGCUCUAAAGGCACCCUUGAAAGAUGAUGGAGAAUUUAUAUAUUGCCUGCCUCAGAAAAGUCCUAAAGCCCUUUAUAAUCCUUAUGAUCUUCAGGUAGUGUCUGCCCAUAAAGCUAGACAUUGCAAAGAAUUUUGGAUUGUUACUGCUUCAUUUGUCUCAAAGGUUGUUAGAAUUGGUGAUACAGAAGAAGUAGAACUCAUACCAACCACAGAGUGGCUAUUAGAAAGAAGAUGUUAUUAUUUUUUACAGAAAUUCAAGAUAUUUUAUAAUUUUAGAAUUAAAAAAUCAUUUGUGGCUUGGAAAUCGAAUAUUAAAAGGAUUAAGAUAGAGCGGAGCAGGUCACUUCUAUCCCAUGGGCUUUUUUUGGCUGACGAAUUAUUUCUAGGGUGUUUGCUUUUUAUAAAGAGACUUUGCGAAGAUGCCAUUAAUCCUCUAAAUGGUAAAAAAAAUGAAGAUAACUCAUCUGCCAUAUGCCUUGUAAAGCUGGAUAGAUCUCGAACGUAUUCUCUGGAUGAAUUCUGUGAAGAGCAAUCACAGCAAGCUACCCAGGCACUGAAACAGUUUAAGGCUAUCAGGAGUAAAGCAAUUUCAGAAAUUAAAAGUACACUUUUAAAGGUGGCAGAAAAGGAAGAUAUUAAAGAAUAUUUUGAGUCAGAAUUGUUGGAAGAUGACAGAACCCAUUUCAAAAUACCUAACUAUCGGCGUUUUUUAGAGACAAUACUGAGGUUUCUGAAGCUGGUUGACUACAUAUUUCAGGACCUCAUUUGUCAACUAAUGAACACAGCAGUUACACUGUUACUGGAAUUAUUUGAUAGCUCUGCCAGAAUAACAUUUUCAGUGGAAAAAAAGAAUGAAAAUCUCAUCAAAAUAUACAAGGACAUUUUUGCCUUCACUGAAAGGAUAACAAAUGAUUAUGAAGUACUUGUUAAUACUAAUUCAUCUUCUCUUCAAAAGUCAGAGGUAAAACCAAAAAUUACUAAUGAGAUUUUCAUCAGUGAUAAAGUGGAUAAGAAAAAAAUGUGUGCAGCGAUAUUUAAAGUCAAUCUACACUUGAGAAUUCCCACUGAAAGUGAUUCCUCAGAAAAUUCUAAAGAAGACUUUAAUGAAUCUGACAUGCAAUCUGAAAAUUCUGUGACAAGUGAAAAUGAAAUAUCAGAAAGUGAAGCCAACUCUACCACAAAAACCCUUAGUGGAGAACUGUCCCCAGAAAUGAAGAAGCCCAAAACAUGUAGUUACAAUCUUAGAGACCUAGUUUCAGACAUAAAUAUUGUGACCGAAGUUGAUAAAAUCGUAUGCGAUCAGUUAUCAGAAUUCCCUACAAAUCUCUUUAUAGCUCCUAACAGAUUGGAGUUUUCGAGUAAAAUUCAAAAUAUGGUGGCAGAUAUUGAAAAAUGUAUAACCUCAAUUAUUCCUCUUCACCAAGAUCCCCGCCUGUCUAUCUUUACUACUUCGGCUUUAACUUUAAUUAAUAAGACAGACGGUGAGCUAGAACAUAAGUCCAGAUGGCCAGACUGUCAGAAACUUUUUGAAAUGGAUUCUUCUUAUCAAAAUAAAAUUGUGAGUCUGCUGACUAUUAUUGGUGAUUCAAUGGGCCUAGUUACUGUUUAUAGCCACAGGUUUUUAAAAUACUGUACCGUGGUAGAGAAGGCCAAACUCAUGAUGACAAAAAUAUCAUUUAUGGAAGAACUGACUUCAGCACAAUUUAAAACUAUACUAAAUGUAUUCAGGAACUAUCUAAUAUAUGUCGUUGAUAUGGUCAUUGAGAAACGCAUUGGCAUUUUCAAAGUCCUAAGUCUUGAUUAUCAGUCAGAAUGCUUACCAUAUGUCGAUAAUACCAUAUGCCGGAGCCAUAGCCUCUUGCAAUCUAUAAUUACAAAAAGGAAUGCAAAUCUGCUGAAAGUUGUAGACACAUCAUUGAAGAAGCUGGAAUGGGACCCUAUUGAAAUAGAAGAAUUUGUGGAACAUUUUACAUUUUUGGGUGUGAUUUCCUCAAAAAUAUCUAAGUUAGAAAAAGACUGCUUAUCACUUACUGAAUUGCAUUCUGUUGUAAAGCAUUUCCAGAUACAUAUUUCUGAAGAGCAAACAGCCUUAUUUAAGAUUCUUCUUCACAAGUUUGGUCAACUGAAAAUUGCUCUGAAGUUAAGUGAAGCAAAAAAAGAGGCCGCUCUUGCUAAAUUCAGAGACAAUUUGGAAACAUAUGUCAGUGGUCUGAGGGUUGAUGUUAGUAAUUUAAAGGCCAAAGUAAGAGAUCCCGUUCUGUUGUGCACCCAUACUCGAGUGUCAGAAGCAAAGGAAAUGAUCCAGAUUCUCUCACAGGAAACUGCAAGUUUAGCUAACAAAGCUAAAACCUGUUCAGGCUUUCAUGAUUGCUUUAUCGAUUGCCAGUCUCAGAUACAUUCUCUUAAUAUGGAAGAGAUUACACAGAUUGUGAUUUCGGAGAUCUCCGACAUUGAAUAUGAUUUAACCUUAAGGACAAUACUAUGGAAUGCACACGAGGAAUGGGGAGAAGUCUUUUGCAAAUGGAGGAGCAGUACUCUUUUCAGUAUUGACACAACCUCAGUACAGAGAAGUGCUUCAAAAUGGAUGCAGAAAAUCUUUGUACUAGAAAAAGGUUUACCAAAAAAUGACAUGGUAGAACAUCUUAAGCAGUCAGUGAUGGAUUUUAAACAAGAGCUGCCUAUUUUCAUCGCUCUGGGAAACCCCUGUCUCAGGCCUCGGCAUUGGGAGGCUCUCCAGGAGAUUAUUGGAAAUUCAGUUUCUCUUGAUAAAAACUGCACAGUGGAGAAACUUGUAACCCUCAAGAUGUUUCAAUAUGAAAAAGAAAUAAACAAAAUAUCGACAGCAGCAACUAAUGAAGCUGCUCUUGAAAAAAUGCUCAACAAGGUUAUUGAGCUUUGGAACACGACUCCUUUGCAUUUAGUUCUUCAUCAGACGGAGACUUACUCUAGCCUAAUAAUUUCAUCAAUAGAUGCAUUGUUAGCUCAAUUAGAAGAGUCUCAAAUCAUACUGGCAACAAUUAAAGGAUCUUCCCAUCUUGGACCUAUUAAGGAUCUUGUGCAUGAAUGGGACACCAACUUGGCCCUCUUCUCCUACACUCUUGAGUCAUGCAUGAGAUGUCAAAGAAAUUGGCUUUAUCUUGAACCAAUCUUUAAUUCAUUAGAAAUUCAAAGGCAACUCCCAUCAGAAACAGCUCUCUUCUCCAAAGUGAUUUUCAUGUGGCAGGAAAUAAUGCUAAGAAUGCAAAACAAACUAAAUGCUUUGAAAAUAGCCACAUCUACAAGAGUUCUUGAAACUCUGAAAAGUUGCAAUAACAAUCUUGAAUAUAUAAAGAAACGUCUUGAGGACUACCUUGAAAUUAAAAGAAUGGUUUUUCCACGAUUUUACUUUCUUAGUAAUGCUGAACUUCUCGAUAUUCUAGCUAAUAGCAGAAAUCCUGAAUCUGUACAGCCUCAUCUUAUGAAAUGUUUUGAAAAUAUAAGCCAAUUAUUGAUAUGGAAACAAGAAAUUGGCCCACCCGUUGUCGUCAUGUUCAUCUCUGCUGAAGGAGAAGCCCUUGUGCUGCCAAAGAAAAUUCGUAUAAGGAGUGCUGUGGAACAGUGGCUGGUAAACGUAGAGAAAAGCAUGUUUGAUGUUCUAAAAAAUCAGAGCCAGAUCAUGUUCUUCAACGAUUGUGUCAAAAGCUUUUUCAAUUCUCAUUCAAGAGAAGACUUGGAAAAUGUCCAUGCUGGUCUGAUCUGCCGUAUAGAAGAGAUAGCAGCACUGGUGCUCCUGGAUUCUAGUAACUCCCGGGCAAAAGCUGUAGUUGGAGCACUGCUCACUCUUUAUGUUUACUGCAGGGAUAUAGUUAAAAAUCUACUACUUAAAAAUAUCUUCAAUGUGGAGGAUUUUGAGUGGACAAGACAUUUGCAAUAUAAAUGGGAUGAAAAACAGAAGUUGUGCUACAUAACUCAAGGAGGUGCCAUGCUUACUUAUGGCUAUGAGUACUUGGGUUGUACCUCAAGAUUGGUCAUUACGCCUCUCACUGACAGAUGCUGGCUGACUCUCACAGGAGCACUGUACUUGAAUCUAGGAGGCUACCUCAUUGGGCCAUCUGGUACAGGAAAAACAGAGAGUGUUAGAGACCUAGCAAAAUGUCUAGGCAAGUACUGUGUGAUCUUCAAUUGUUUUGAGAAUUUGGAUUAUAAGAUAAUAGUACAAUUCUUCUUCGGGCUGGUUCUGUCAGGAGCGUGGUGUUGUCUGGAUGAAUUCAGUCGAGUUGACAUGGAAGUCCUCUCCGUGAUGGCCUCACAGAUUCUCACCAUUAAAGCCGCAAAAGACAGUUACUCUGUCAGGUUUGUCAUGGAAGGAAAAGAAGUUUCUAUCAAUAUGUCUUGUGCAUUAUUUAUCACUGUGAAUCCUGGAUACAAAGGUGGAGUAGAACUCCCAGCUAAUUUAAAAUCUCUAUUUCGUCCAGUGGCAAUGAUGGCUCCCCAUUAUGAAGUGAUUGUUGAAAUAUUACUGUUGUCAUUUGGUUUUAAGUCAGCAAGCUCACUCUCUGGAAAGCUAGUUAACCUUUUUGAAUUAGCUGACAAACAGCUCUCACAAGAGGAUCAUUAUCAUUUUGGCUUGAGGUCUCUGAAGACAAUUCUAAAAAUGGCUGGAAAGAAGAUACUGAAGUUUAAAUGUGACAAUCUUUCGGAAACAGAGGAAGCAAUGAUCAUUAUUGAUGUUCUGAGAGAGGCUAUUUUGCCAAAAUUUCUUCCUGAAGAUGUUCCACUUUUCAAAAAAAUUAUAGCAGAUAUCUUUCAUGAAAGGACAGUUUCAAAAGUAAAUUUAAUCACCUUGGAGAAAGUAAUAGAUAUUGCAACCCAACAAUUGGGCUUACAACAAUGGCCAGCUCAGAAGGAGAAAAUCAUGCAGUUUUAUGAUCAACUUCAGAAUUAUGUUGGUGUGAUGUUAGUGGGCCCAACAGGUGGAGGAAAGACAACAGUCAGAAGAAUUUUAGAAAAAGCAUUAAUAUACUUACCAGUUGUCGAUUUCUUGUCAUUUGAACAUCUACAAAGUGAUUCACAGGUUACAGGAAGAAAAGGAAAAGUAGAUGUUUGUGUUUUAAAUCCAAAGUGUAUCAGUCUUAAUGAAUUAUAUGGAUACUUGGAGUCUAAUACUAUGCAAUGGACUGAUGGAUUAUUGUCAGCAACAGUUCGAAAUUAUGUGCAUUCGAACACUGAAAAAUUCUCAAAGAAACACUUUCUCCUAGGGCUACACAAAUCUAAUGUUUUCAAACUUCAAUCGGUGGAAACAGCAAAUAGUCUUGAUACUGUUUUUGAGAAGAUAGAGAAAGGUGUUAAAAUUCCAGAAAGUAAGAAUUUCGAUUGGCAGUGGAUUGUCUUAGAUGGCCCGGUGGAUGCCUCUUGGGUAGAAAAUAUCAACUCUAUGCUAGGUGAAACUAGAAUGUUGUGCCUAGCUAACAGUGAGAGAAUAGCGUUAACUGAAAAAAUGAGAGUGAUAUUUGAAGCGGAUACUCUCUCCCAGGCUAGUCCUGCUAUUGUUAGUCGGUGUGCAAUAGUCUACAUGGACCCUGUUGAUCUGGGAUGGGAGCCUUAUAUUAAGUCAUGGCUUGUGAAGACUUCUAAAGUUAUGAGCCAGUCAGGAGUGGAUUAUCUUGAGUUCAUAAUGAAAAAUAGCAUCACAAGUGGACUACAGUUUAUAAAGAAAAACAGGACAUUUCAGCCAUUUCCUGUACAGGACAUAACUAUCGUUAUAAGCCUCUGCAGAAUUCUUGAUGCUUUCUUUGAAUUUAUUUGUAAAAAUGGAGGCUUUGGACAAAGUGAAGAUUUGAAAAGCAUUUCGAUUGAAGGGACAAAUUCUCCAUCUUCAGAAGCGUCUAUCAAAUUUGAAGAUACCGAAAAGAGGACUGAAAAUGCAGGAAAUCUGGAGGAAAAUCCUGAUAAAUUAAAAGCAAUGAUUCAAAAGCUUUAUGUGUUUGCAUUUACGUGGGCAUUUGGAGGAACUUUAAAACGUGAAGAUGAACAUGAAGAUGAUAUACUUUUGUAUUCUGGUUUUGAAUAUGCUUCUCUUGCAAAAGUAACCAGUGAUUUUGACAAACUCGUUCAUGAAUUAUUUGAAUACAAUCCGCAGAUAAGUAAGUUUUGGAGGGAGGGAGAUACCCAAUUAUACAUCAACCUACCAACUGGUGAAUGUUCUGUCUUUGGAUAUUUUGUGGAUAUACAGCAAUGUGAAUUCAUACCAUGGUCAGAAUUACUUCCUAAUAUUCAAACAACAAUUCAAAGAGGAACUUUAAUACUAGCUGAUCCUCAAGGAUACAGUGAAAAUCUCUUGAAGAUAGCAGAGUAUGGAGAGAACAUGAACUUUACUGCUACCAGAGAAACAACAUGUCUUUCUUUUCUCAUAAACCUUCUUUUAAAGAAUUCCUGUCCUGUACUUCUCACAGGAGAUUAUGGCGUUGGGAAAACCACUACCAUUAACCAAAUGCUUGAAAAACUAGAGGAUUUUGGAACAUUUGAUGUGAAAUAUGGAUCAACUUUAGGAGAAGUCCUUUUACAUAGUGAAACUAAAAAUACAAGGUUUCUGAAACAAAAUAUCAGCAUCUUGCUUUCUGAAAAUCCUAAAACAGGAAAUGGAGGUAAUCCAAAUUCAGAAUUUAAAGCUGAUAAAAGCUCAUUGAGAUAUGACGACAAAGGAAUUGUAGUCUCUGCUAUAAACUUUAGCAUCAGUACAACAGCUGCCAAAGCCAAGGAGAUGAUCCUUAAGAAGUUAGUAAGAAGAACUAAAGACACUAUUGGAGCACCAAAAAACAAAAGGACAGUAAUAUUCAUUGAUGAUCUGACUAUGCCAGAAUCAGAUGUCUAUGGAGUACAGCCUGCUCUGGAACUAAUCAGACAAUUAUUAGACUUGGGAGGACUUUAUGAUACUGAAAAACUUACAUGGAAGAAUAUUCAAGAUUUCUCUCUUGUUGCAUCAUGUGCUCCUCCCCUUGGUAGGAGGGCUAUUAGCCCACGUCUCCUAAAACAUUUUUCCAUUUUGGUAUUGCCUCAUCCUCCACAAAGUGCCUUAUACACUAUUUUCCAGGCUCAUUUGGGAAUGUAUUUCUCCAUCAAUAACUUCACAUCUGAUGUUCAGAAAAGUACAGAUAAUAUAAUAUCUUGUUCCUUAGCUAUAUACUAUCAACUAUGUCAGAAUAUGUUACCAACUCCGAUGAAAUGUCACUACAUAUUUAAUCUUCGAGAUGUGUUUAAGCUUCUCCGAGGAUUGCUACAAGCUGACAAGACUAUUAUUAACUCCCAAGAGAUGGCCGCUCUAUUUUUUGUUCAUGAAGCUACCCGAGUAUUUCAUGAUCGCUUAAUUGAACAUACUGAAAAGGGACUUUUCUUCCAGUUUCUUUCAAAUGAUCUUCAGAAUUAUUUUCAGAUUGGAGUAGAUGGAUGUGGGAAGGAAACUUGUGCAACUAUAGCUGCUUAUUUGGUUGAUAACAAGCUAUACCGGCUGCCUGUGUCUCACAACUGUGCCUACAUAGAAUUCAAAGAAAAAUUUAAAAAGGUGUUCAUUCAUGCAGGAAUUGAAGGGAGCCCAACUAUUCUGAUAAUUACUUUAAAUGUAGUUCAGGAACCAUUUUUGCAAGAUUUGAAUAGCAUUCUCAACUUGGGAAAAAUUGACUUCUUUGAAAAUGAGGAGCUGGACUCUAUUGCACUACAGAUUAGAACUGUUGCUCAACAGUCUGGUUAUAUUGAUAAUAGACAAUCUUUGCUUUUAUUCUUCCAAAAGAGAGUAUAUAAAAAUCUUCACAUUUUUAUGACCAUGAGUCCUGUAGAACCUAACUUCCGCCAUAAUUGUAGAGUGUACCCUUCCUUGAUCAGCUCCUGCACAAUUGAUUGGUAUGACAAGUGGCCAGAAGAAGCUCUCUUUCAUGUAGCCAACUCUUUCUUAAGAGAAAAUGUGGAUUUAGAGACCAGAGAGAACUUAAAAGAAAAACUUGCCCCAACCUGUGUCCAAAUUCAUAAAAGUGUAAAAGACUUGAACACAAAAUUCUUCAAACAAACUAGAAGAUAUUAUUAUGUCACUCCCAGUAACUACUUGCAAUUCAUGGAAACAUUUGCACGUAUUUUGAGGUCACAAAAAAAGGAAAUGCAAAUGAAAAGGGAUCAUUUCUAUAUGGGUCUAUCCAAGAUUCUGGAAGCAGCCACACUUAUUACAGAUAUGCAGCAGGAGCUCUUGAUUGUUGGCCCUCAAAUAGAACAAAAAACAAAGGAAAAGGAAAUCCUAAUGGAAAAAUUACAGAGAGAUUCACAAGUAUUUGAGCAAGUUCAGAUGCUUGUUAAACAGGAUGAAGAUAUUAUGGCAGAAGCAGUAAGAAUUGUACACGAUUAUGAUCAGAAAACUGCCAAUGAGCUAAUAAGUGUACUGUCAGCUGUAGAAAAGGCAACGGUGGCUCUGAAUGCCCUGGAUAAAGCUUAUGUGGCUGAGUUAAGAGUGUACACACGUCCUCCGUUCCUUGUACUGACUGUUAUGAAUGCUGUUUGCAUUCUCCUGCAAAAGAAGCCUAACUGGGCUACAGCAAAGUUACUUCUUUUAGAAAGUGGUUUUAUUAAAAAACUGUCUAACCUUGACAAGGACAGCAUACCUGAUAAGGUGUUCGUGAAGCUGAAAAAAAUUUUAAGCUUGCCUGACUUCAAUCCGAAAAAGAUUGCUCUAGUCUCUGUUGCUUGUUGUUCUAUGUGCCAGUGGGUUAUAGCAGUGAAUAACUACCACGAUGUACAGAAGCUGGUAAGACCCAAACAAGUCAAAAUAGCUGAGGCUCAAAAUGUCCUAAAUAUUAAUCGACUGAGAUUGGCUGAAAAACAGAGAGGUUUACAGCUGAUUGAAGAGCACCUGCUGAAUUUGCAGGCAGCAUGCAAGGAUAUUGUUGCUGAAAUAGAGCUGUUGACAAAUAGGAAGCAACGGGCCACCAGGAGCUUGCAGUGUGCCUCUGUCUUAAUAACUACCCUGGAGGACGAGAAGAGUCGAUGGCAAGAAAUAAUCAAUCAAAUAGACAUGAAACUGGAAGGAAUUUUGGGGGACACCCUCAUAUCAGCAGCAUGCAUUGUCUACAGCGGAGUGUUAACGGAAGAAUUUCGCAAGUUGAUUGUGAAGAAAUGGGAGAAACUUUGCACCAAAAACAACAUUUCCUUUUCUCCCAAUUUUUCUUUAAUUGAAGUCAUGGCACAGAAACUUGAGAUCCACCAAUGGAAUCAUCAAGGACUGCCUCUUGGUCAGUAUUCAAUAGAGAAUGCCAUCUUGAUCAAGAAUGCCCUGCAGUGGCCGCUGAUAAUUGACCCACACAAGCAAGCACACAAUUGGAUCCGUCAAAUGGAAGGAUCUAAGCUGCAGGAACUCUCCACCAAAGAUAACAGUUACAUCAAAAAAAUUGAAAAUGCUAUAAAAGCAGGAGGGAGUGUUCUCUUGCAGGAUAUCUCUGAAACAUUGACUCCAAGUUUAAAGGCCAUUUUGAAGAAGGAUAUCUAUCAGAAAAGAGGACAAUAUUUCAUAAGGGUUGAUGAUUCUGAGAUUGAAUACAAUCCCAAAUUUAGGUUAUACAUGUCUACAGAAAUAGACAACCCUCAUUUUUCUCUAUCAAUUUGUAAUGUUGUCACUAUCAUCAACUUCAUGGUAACUUUCCAAGGCUUAGAAGAUCAACUGUUAUCUACUGUAUUAAGUCAUGAGAUCCCUCAUUUAGAAAACCAGCGUUUCCAAUUAUUAGAGAGUAUUUUCCUUGAUUCUAUGACUCUUGAAGAACUGGAGGACAACACCCUAAACUUACUGCAGAAUGCACUAGGAACUAUACAAGAUGACACAGAAAUUGUAGACAAUUUAAGAAAAUCCAAAAUGACUUCAAAUGAAAUUUCAAGACGCAUCAAAUCAUCAGAACAAGCAGAGAGCAUAAUUCAGGAAACACGUGGACACUACCUGCCCAUUGCAACCCGAGGAGCCUUGCUCUACUUCCUGGUGGCUGGCCUUCCACAGAUCAACUACAUGUACCGGUUCUCCCUAGACUGGUUUCGUCAAAUGUUUGUUUUAUCAGUAGUUUCCAAAGACAAGAAACCAGAACAAAGUUUGAAGAGGGAGAAAAAAUCUCUGAAAAAAGUUCAUGAAGUUGCAAGUCUCUCAAAAGAACCUAAAUUAGAAAGUGAGAAAAAUCUUUUAGACAGGUAUCUUAAAAAUUCAAUAGACACAUUGACAAGAAACAUUUUUAAGGUGGUCUCUUCAGCUCUGUUUAAUGACCAUAAACUUUGUUUCUCCUUUCGGCUUUGCACUACCAUCAUGCAAAAUAAUGCUAAGGGAAAUCUAAUGCAGGAUGAAAUCGGAUCCCUACCAGACGAAGAAUGGAAUAUCUUCUUAUAUUCUGGCAUAUUGAUAAACAGUAAAGGUCUGAUUCCCCAGCCUAGGCUAAAUAGCAUGUAUGAAGUCUGUAUCCAUCAGCACCUGCAGUGGCUGUCGGAGUCCAGGUGGAAGCAAUGCCAGUAUGUCAGUGGUGCACUAGAACCAUUUUCCCUUCUGUGCAAAUCCCUGGUAUCAAAUGUGUGGCAAUGGAAUGCUUUCAUUAACAGUAAAGCUGUAUAUACUCUGAUCAGCUUACCUUUCUCUUCAGAAAAUGUUUUACUGGAGGAAAGUGACAAAUCACCAGAGGAAAUACUUACAGUUAAUGAAGAUGAAGAAAUUCAGAGUCCUAUAAAUUUUCCCUGGGAGAAACUCACUCCAUUUCAAAGACUUAUUUUGAUAAACAUUCUUAGACCAGAAUGUUUAGAGAAUUCAGUAAGAAAGUUUAUAACUGAAAAAAUGGGAAGCGAAUAUCUGUGUAGACGUGGAAUUAAUCUGAACGAAGUAUAUAAGGAAUCCAGUGCCAGAAUCCCUCUGAUACUUAUUCAUUCCCAUGACACUGAUAUUACAAAUAUUCUCCUGAAAUUUGCACAAGAGUUAAAAGGAACAACGAAACACGUCCAUGUGAUUUCUUUGGGUGGCACCCAGGCAGCGAAAGCAGAGGACCUCAUCGCUAAGGCCCAAGGCGAGACAGAACAGUGGGUCUUCCUCCAGAACUGCCACCUUGCCGCGUCACUGACGACAAGGCUUUGCGCUAUUGUAGAAUCACUUAAUAAUCCAAAUGUAAAUAUAGACCCUAAAUUUAGACUGUGGUUAAGUUCCAAACCAGACAGUUCUUUCCCAGUUUCUAUUCUUCAAAAGAGUUUGAAGAUUGCAGUGGAAAAUCCUCAGGGAUUGAAAAACAAUUUGCUGCAGACGUUUGGGUAUAAUGAGAGCUCAGUAGUAACAGAGGAGAUAUUUGAAAAACCUAACUGUGGCCCAUGGUGGAAAAAGCUCUUAUUCAGCUUAUGUUUUUUCAAUGCUCUGAUCAAUGAAAGAAAAAAGUAUGGCAUAUUGGGCUGGAAUAUUGCCUAUGAAUUUAGUUCUUCAGACUUGGAGGUCGCCAUCAAGCUGCUGGGGAACUGCCUGAGCUCGACCUCCGUGGUCCCCUGGCAGACGCUGCGCUACCUGGUCGGGGAGGUCAUCUACGGCGGCUGGGUCACCGACCACUGGGACCGGCGGUGCUUAAACACCCUUCUCUACCAAUUUUUUAAUCCCGAAGUGUUGAAAGAUAACUUCAGUUUCUCUAUGCCAUUGCCUGCAAGUAUAGAGGACUGCAUACACAUUAUCCACUCCCUACCUGACGAUGACCCUCCUGAACUCUUAGGAAUGCACCCUGAGGCCACAGGAAAUGUCAGGAAGGUCCAGGCCCAGAAGUUCAUUGACAAUGUCAUUGCCAUGCAACCAAGAGCUAUCACUGCCAGCCUCAUGAUCAGCCGAGAAAGGGACGAUAAUGAAUUUGUGAUGGAAAUUUUAUCUGACUUACAAAAGCGGUUGCCAAGGUCUGUGGAGAAGGAGGACUCUUCCUGCGCCCAGAGCACCUUAAAGGGCAUCAUGUCUGGUCCCAUUUGGGAGUCUCUUUGUAAGCAUUUCAAAGGCUAUGACCCCCUAGUUCAUUGUGUCUUACUCACCUUUUUGAGCCAAGAAAUUGGACGCUUUGAUAACUUAUUAUUUAUUAUACAUAAAUCUUUGAAUGACUUCCAACUUGCUAUGAAAGGAGUGAUCAUCCUGACCCAAGAAUUAGAGGAAAUAUAUUACUCUUUCCUUGAUAUGAGAAUACCAACAUUGUGGCUGAAACAUGCCUACAAGUCAUGUAAGCCCCUGAGUUCCUGGGUUGAUGAUCUCAUCCAUCGAGUGAAUUUCUUCAAUACCUGGGCCAAAAUGGCUUACACAGCAAUACAUCACCGGUACAUGAGAUUAAUCUCAACGUGGAAGCACGUUACCCCGCUGUCCAGUAAAAUCCCUCAGCAUGCUGAUGAUCCAAAGAAUUAUUUCUUUGAAGGAUUUCCUACUAGGUACUGGCUCCCAGCGUUCUUCUUUCCACAAGCCUUUCUUACUGCCUUACUCCAAGACUACGGGAGGUCCCAGGGAAUCUCCACCAAUGCCCUCACGUUCACCCAUCACGUGGUCUCUGACAGCCCUGACGUGCAGGACGAGGAGUUCUCCAUCGCCGUCCAGCAGAAAGUCAGCAUCCUCAGGAGAGCCUUUAAGCCCGCAGGUUACUCACAUGUCGGCGCUCACAUUUUUGGCUUAUUCAUUGAGGGAGCAAGAUGGAAUUAUGAACAGAAAGUACUAGAAGACUCACUGCCUUUUGAGACAUGUUGUGAUUUUCCCGAAAUAUACUUCUUGCCCACAAAGAUUUCUACUGAAAGACCCAGCACUCCUACUCAAACCUAUUCAGAGCUCUAUACUUUUGAAUGCCCAGUGUAUCAGACACCUGAGAGGUCAAGAAUUUUGACGAGCACUGGCUUAGCCUCCAGCUUCCUGACGUCAGUCUACUUACCCACCAGGAAGCCUCCCAGUCACUGGAACACAAUGCAGGUUGCACUGUUGUGUGAGAAGAAUGAAAAAUAA